GCGGUCACACCACAUCUAUCAGUUGAAAAAAAUCGCAGCAGUCGAAUUUUCGGAAAUUUCGAGCAGCAUUUAAAUCCGGUUUGCUUGGAAAGUGUUAACAUAUUUUCGCCAGCCAAAAAACUAGCAAACGCACAGAGAAAGAAAACAAGCAACGCGAAUUACCCGGGAAAACACGCGGAGAAGCCGCAAGGAGGUGCGCAAAAUCGCAGGAUAAGCGGAGUUCGAUUGGAUGACAAGGCGGGCCACAUCCUCGGAUCCUGGCUAGAAAUUUGAAGUACACAGCGCCACCAUGUCCACCGCCUUCCUCACCCUCAUCGCCGUCAUCGUGUGCAUCCUGUUCCGCAUCCUCAAUGUCCACAGCCAGCCGCUGAAGCCCAGUGUGUGGUGCCUGGACGCCCAGUUCCUGGACUGCCUCUACAAGAUCGCGCCCGUCCUGCGGGAACCGUACAUUCCCCCGCGACUCUGGGGCUUUAGUGGCCAUGUCCAAACAGUUUUGCACAGCAUUGUGGGCCGAGUGCGGUGUCCCUGGCCACUCGGAGAACGAGUGUACAUGUCGCUGCAGGAUGGUUCCACACUGACCUACGACUUGUACCAGCCACUCAACGAACAGGAGGAUGACAUCACGGUGGCCAUUUGUCCGGGCAUCGCCAACAGCUCGGAAUCGGUGUACAUUCGCACGUUCGUGCACUUGGCCCAGUGCAAUGGUUACCGCUGUGCGGUGCUAAAUCACAUUGGCGCACUGCGCAGUGUCCAGGUGACCUCCACACGCAUUUUUACCUACGGCCACACGGAGGAUUUCGCGGCCAUGGUGGAGCACUUGCACCAGAAGUACCGCCAAAGUCGAAUUGUUGCGGUUGGUUUCAGUCUGGGCGGCAAUUUGGUCACCAAGUACAUGGGUGAGGACCAGAAGACAAAGCCCAACAGCGUCAUUGGUGGCAUAUCCAUAUGCCAAGGCUACAACGCCGUCGAAGGCACCAAGUGGUUGCUCAACUGGCAAAACUUCCGUCGUUUUUACCUAUACAUCAUGACUGAGAAUGUGAAGAGCAUUAUUCUGCGACAUCGACAUGUCCUCCUGUCUGACGAGGUGAAGACUCGGCAUAAUCUCAACGAGCGCGAGAUCAUCGCCGCUGCCACUCUGCCCGAAUUGGAUGAGGCUUACACGAGGCGAGUGUACAACUUCCCCUCCACCCAGGAGUUGUACAAGUGGAGCUCGUCGCUGUUCUACUUCGACUCGAUCAAGAAGCCCAUGAUCUUCAUCAAUGCCAAGGAUGAUCCCUUGAUUCCAGAGGAUUUGCUGCAUCCCAUCAAGGAGUAUGCCACCACGCGUCAAAACACAGCCUACGUGGAGGUGGCCCACGGCGGUCAUCUGGGCUUCUAUGAGGGCGGCUUCCUGUACCCGAACCCUGUGACUUGGCUGGACCGCACGCUAGUGGCGAUGGUUGGCUCUUUGGUCAUGAUGCAGGACGUCGGCAAGGUGGCCCCUUAGGCCUGGUCACUAUUAUCACACGCACACACAACUAUUUAACGCUUUUGUGUCAAAAUUGGUUGUUGCUGUCGGAUAUGAAUCUUUGAAGGAACCUCGGAUCGGAACCGAGCCCGAAAGACCCCAUACAUAUAAUUAAAAUAUAUGAUAUCGAUGUGCAGCAAGUAAAAAUUAUCAGCCGCGCUAGCAGUGAAACAUAAAUUGAUGUAUACUUUUGCAAAGUGCAUUUAAAACGGAAAUUGCAGUUUUUUGACAACGGU